AUGAAUUACAGUGAUAAGAGUCGCAAUUGCUAAGUCCAAUCAUAUCUGAUGCUCGCGUUGACCGCUAGCUGACCAGCCUAACACAUAUACCCACACAUACAGACACACACAUAGAUGACGAGCGAGAAAUUCGCACAGUUUACCAAAAAUUAAAACACGUCUAAAGCUAAAUGCUAAAUUUAGAUAAUAGCGGCUAUGCUGCUGAUGCGCUGGAAAUGGAGACAGCGAAAUCAUCAGCAUCAACCCAGAUGCUGCCUGCCUCCGACGAGGUUUCCUCAAGGCUGUCGAGCGAAGAGCAACCAGCUGCUCAGUUUGAGAAACCCUAUUCGGCUCCAUUGGCGCCUUACAAUGAGGAAUUGUUGCAGCGAGUUGGCCUCGGAGACAGACUGGUGCCUAAAGGUAGCAUCUGGGGCGGCGAAAGAGAUGCCUCUCGGCGACUUGUGCGGCUCGAGCGAGGAGACUAUGGCGACGAUAAGUCUAAUAUCAGAAACUCAUCGUCGUACGAAGCAAUCAACAUGCACGAGAAGCGCGCUAGAUUCGCUGAGAGCGAGUCAUCCACAUUUCAACUGCCAGACGCACCCGAACAGCAACUGUCGAACGGCAAGUCCAGCCAGCAUAGGGCGAACAGCUUCAGCCACUCCACACCUCUACUGCCAAUGACUGAACCCACUCUGGACACCAAUAGCUACGAUGAGCGCGAGUGCAGCUGCCCACGGGAAUUUUACCAAAGAGCCGAGCUCAACACUUCAUUGUUCUUUGCAGACUGCAAACGAUCGAUUGAUUUUGUUUUGGCCUACAAGAUCAAUUCACACGCACCCACGGAGGUGGAGUAUGCGGAUAAGCGACGCAUAUUUGAGGAGAGACUUAUAAAACAGGGACUCGAGGUGGAGAUCAGUCACUUGGAUCAAAUCUAUUUUGUCAAAUUGCAUGCUCCUCUGGAGGUGUUGCGUCGCUAUGCGGAGAUACUUAAGCUGCGUAUGCCCAUGAAGGAGUUCUUAUCUAAUUUGAGUGUAAAUGAAAGGUCAAAUCGUCUACAAUAUGCGGCGCAGUGUUUGUCAAAGAUACCCGGCUUAUCUGUGGUAAAAACUUCAACAAAAAGUGUAUUUUCUAGUCUCAAAACAGUCUGGCAAUUCUUUCUGCGUAAUAUUUAUGUUGACGAGAAUUUGUUCCCGAAACGUGCCCAUCGAUUUACGGCCAUCUACAGCCGUGACAAGGAAUAUCUAUUCGACAUACGUCAGGACUGCUUUUUUACGACCGCAGUGCGUUCUCGUAUUGUGGAAUUCAUUUUGGAUCGCCAGCGCUUUCCUGCCAAGCGAGACAGUGAAAUGGCCUUUGGCAUCGAACGCUUGAUAGCCAUGGGUGUCUAUUGUGCCGCCUAUCCGUUGCAUGAUGGCGACAUUAUGGAGGUGGGCACAAUGCGUGAACUGCUCUACACAAACUGGGCGUCGGUGAAGAAAUGGUAUCGCUAUCAGCCACUGGAUGAUAUUAAGGAGUACUUUGGCGUCAAGAUUGGACUCUACUUUGCCUGGCUGGGCUACUACACGUACAUGCUGUUGCUGGCCUCCAUAGUUGGUCUUGCUUGUUUUCUUUACUCCUGGAUUUCCCUUAAGAAUUAUGUGCCUGUUAAAGAUAUUUGUUUGCGAUCAAACGUCAAUAUCACAAUGUGUCCGCUGUGCGAGUGGUGUGAAUUCUGGGAUCUGAAAGAGACCUGCAACUACGCAAAGAUAACAUAUCUUAUUGACAAUCCGAGUACCGUAUUCUUUGCCGUUUUCAUGUCCUUUUGGGCGACACUUUUUCUGGAGCUUUGGAAACGCUAUUCAGCUGAAAUUACGCAUCGAUGGGAUUUAACCGGUUUCGAUGUGCACGAAGAGCAUCCAAGGCCGCAGUAUUUGGCGCGUCUGAAGAACAUUAAACCAACACGGACCGACUACGUCACCAAUAUAAAAGAGCCGACGGUGCCAUUUUGGCGAAUGAAGUUGCCAGCAACCGUGUUCAGUUUCUCCGUGGUGCUGCUACUGAUUGCCUCGGCAUUUGUUGCUCUCGUCGCCGUUGUCGUUUAUCGCAUGUCCCUGGUGGCCACCCUAAACAAUGACCGGAGCGGAAUGACCACAUCGAAAGCGAUUGUUGUGGCGACUUCAGCGGCGGCAUUUGUCAAUCUCUGCUUGCUUUAUGUUCUCAACUAUUUAUAUAGUCACUUGGCCGAGUAUCUGACUGAACUCGAAAUGUGGCGCACUCAAACACAAUUUGACGAUUCGCUGACGUUGAAGAUUUACUUGUUGCAAUUCGUAAAUUAUUAUGCGUCCAUAUUUUAUAUAGCAUUCUUUAAGGGCAAAUAUAUUGGCCAUCCGGGUCAGUACAUAAAGGUAUUUCAGUACCGGCAGGAAGAGUGCUCCUCGGGUGGCUGUCUGACAGAGCUGUGCAUACAGCUGGCUAUUAUAAUGAUAGGCAAGCAGGCAUUUAAUACCAUACUGGAGGUAUGCUUGCCUAUGUUUUGGCGCCGGGUGCUGGUCAUUAAAGUAGGCCUCAAGAAACUCAUUGGAAACGCGGUUAAGCCUAACAAGGGCAAAGAUGAGCGCUGGAUGCGUGAUUUCAAAUUGCUGGACUGGGGCGCACGUAGCCUGUUUCCGGAGUAUCUGGAAAUGGUAUUGCAAUAUGGUUUUGUUACCAUUUUUGUGGCUGCCUUUCCGCUUGCUCCAUUCUUUGCGCUACUCAAUAACAUACUCGAAAUGCGCUUGGAUGCCAAGAAGCUACUGACGCAUCACAAGAGGGCGGUUUCACAGCGUGUACGGGAUAUUGGUGUCUGGUAUCGCAUACUGGACUGCAUUGGCAAGCUAAGUGUCAUCACGAAUGGAUUUAUCAUUGCGUUCACUUCGGAUAUGAUACCUCGUUGGGUAUAUAGGUAUAAGUCAGAAAAUGGGAGCUUGGAUGGCUACUUGGACUUUACAUUGUCCGAAUUUAAAAUCUCUGAUUCCGCAGAGCUUCGCAGACUGGCUAGUGAUUCUUCCAAUAUAACCACGUGCAAGUACACGGACUUUCGGGAGCCGCCUAAUUCACCAAACCAGUAUACCUAUUCGGACAUGUACUUUAUUAUUUUGGCUUGUCGUUUGGCCUUCGUAGUCGUUUUUGAAAACUUUGUGGCCCUUGUAAUGAUAUUUGUGCGCUGGUGCAUUCCCGACAUGAGCGUAGAGCUGCGGGAUCAAAUAAGACGGGAAAUCUACAUCACGAAUGAAAUUAUCAUUAAUCAAGAAGCGCAACGCGCUCGUUUUGAACGCUCUAGGCGAAUGUCGAUGUCACGAAAUCCAAGCGUAGAUGAUGUGGAUGCUGCCUCUGUGACUGAACCCAAUUUAAAGUUAAUACAAAUGGAAAAACUACUCACCGCAAAUGAAAUUGAAAUGGACUCAAUUAUACAUGGAGAAAAUUCGACCACAGGCAUCUCUGGUGCAGACUGUUAGAAACAACUUUGAAAAUCGAAUGCACAGUGAUCUGCACAAAUUUGCAUAUUUAUUUAUAUUUGAUUUUUAGUUUAGGUUGUAAAAGUGCUUCAUUGUGUUAUAUAAGUUCCUUUGCAGAAACUUAAUUAGUGAUAUAAAUUUUUGAAAUACGUAUGUGCAAAUGCUUGCAAUAUGGUUAAAAAGCUUUACUCAUUCAACCACUAGAAUUUGUUUAUAACAAUCGUGAAUGUGAUACAAAUGCACUACUAAAAUACCUAUUGGUACCUAUUGGGUACUUGUGCAAUGUCUCAGUGUAGAUAAAAUUAAAUCUCAAAUAGUUAAGCCCAUUAAGUGCCAAACUAAAUAUUGCACAAAAUAUUUUCGUUAUUGAUAUUAAAAUUAAAAAGCAUUAGCUUUUCAAUUUGUCAACGACAAAGAAUUACCACAGAAGAAAUUAAUUCUUUGUAAAUGGCGUUAUUGUUAAAAUCAUUUUUGUUUUUAGUUUGCAAUGUACUUAGAGUGCACAUACAAAAAUUUCAUACUUCCUUAAAUCUCAUCAAUUUUUACUAAAUCUCAGGCUCUCUCGAACACCCAUUGAAAUCUCAUCUAAACAAGCAUAAACUAUAAAAAAAUGUGAAUAUAUUUAGAUGAAGUAGUUAUAUUAAAAAAAAUUUAGUAGACAUAUAUUAUC